AACACCAUCAGACUAGUCGAUAUCAUUGGAACCGGUGCCUAUGGAGUCGUAUUUAUUGGUCAACACAUCCACACCAACCAGAGAUAUGCUGUGAAAUGGGUUCUUGGAACAAAGACGACUGAGAAUGAGAUCUCGAUACACUCCCAACUUCCCAGCCACCAAAACGUGCUCUCCCUUGUCCUAGUGACAACAGAGCCUGCGGGGGUAUUCAUUGUGCUUGAGUACGCUCCUGGAGGCGAUCUAUUUGCAGCAAUUACCAAAGCACAUGAAAUUGUCGGUGACAACCAUGCCAUCCGACAUGUAUUUCUACAAAUCUUGAGCGCCGUACAACAUUGUCACCAAAACGGAGUUUUCCAUCGUGAUCUCAAGCCGGAAAACGUCUUGCUUUUCCCGAAUCUCCUUGUCAAACUCGCUGACUUUGGACUCGCCACCACACGAACAGUAUCUGCAGAUUUUGGCUGUGGGUCGAUAUUCUACUAUUCACCAGAGUGUCAGGGUGCUUCUUUUCGUAAAGAUCAGAAACGUAAAGCUUAUGGCUGCCAGCAAAGUGACGUAUGGAGCCUGGGAGUGAUUUUGAUCAAUCUGGUCGUUGGACGGAACCCUUGGAAGGAGGCCAAUCUCCAGGACCCCACCUUUAAAGCUUAUGUUCGCAAACCACGCCAUUUCUUCCGUUCCAUUCUACCCGUCAUCUCAGACGAAUUGGAUUCUAUUCUGAGUCGCAUCUUUUGCAUUGAUCCCGCGCGCCGAAUUUCUCUACCAGAAUUGAGGAUUCUCAUCCUUGGUUGUCGUACAUUCACC